AAGCAUAAGGCAUAGGUGUUUCAAGCAUAUAUUGCUUCCUCUUUACAUAACUGUGAAAGGAAACAAAUUAACAAAUUGCAUUUCUCAUGAACUUCGGAGUCGUGUUGGGUUUCUACGUUUGGAGUUGGGAGUUCUUAACUGCCAAUCUUCUCUUCUCCACCCCUAUUUAAUUUCAUCAUAAUUAUUCACCGUAUUCUUCUUUUAUUUUUAGCAUUUGAAAACCUAAAUAUUAAAGAAAAAACAAAAUAAAAAAGGGUUGAAUUUAAUUCUCUAGAAUUUCAUUUCCAGGCAAUUUUCUUGGAAUUUUUUUUUCUUUGGUUAAAAGUUUUUGAAUGGGUGAACUAGACCAAUGUGAAAGUACUUUGUUAGAGUAUGUAAGGAAGUCAUCAACGCCACCUUUCCUGCUGAAAACCUACAUGAUGGUGGAGGAUCCGGCGACAGACGAUGCCAUUUCUUGGAACGCCGAUGGGACGGCAUUUAUAGUCCGGCAGCCGGCGGAAUUCGCCAGAGAUUUGCUUCCGACGCUCUUCAAACACUGCAACUUCUCCAGCUUUGUCCGGCAGCUCAAUACCUAUGGUUUUCGCAAAAUUGCAACAAGUCAGUGGGAGUUCAGCAACGACAUGUUUCGCAAGGGAGAGAAGGACUUACUAUGUGAUAUUCGUCGAAGAAAAGCAUGGACGAAAAAACAACAAACUAAUAAGCAUGGACAAAACAUUAAUGCUGCCAAUAAGAAAGAAAGAGAUGAAGAUCAAAGGUCAUCAUCAUCAACUUCAUCAUCAUCAUCUGAGUACAAUAGCCUUAUUGAUGAGAAUAAAAGGCUCAAGAUGGAGAAUGGAGUCCUAAGCUCUGAGCUCUCAACAAUAAAUAAAAAAUGCAAAGAACUCAUUGAUAUAGUGGCCAUGUUAGCAGAAAAUUCAGAGGAAGAAGAAGAAGGUCAGCAAGAUGAGAGGCCAAUGCUGUUUGGAGUGAGGUUAGAAGUUCAAGAAGAGAUGGAGAGGAAGAGAAAAAGAGCAGAGUUUACUCAAACUGUUGGUGUUUUUCUCUCUCAACUAUGCAAAUAAAUUAGCAAAAGUAAAGGUAUAAUAGAUUUCGAGCAUUGAAAUACAUGUAUGGUGAAUUUUAAGUGGACAGAGUUAUUUGA